UAACAUAUACCAUAUAUGACAAAUCUGCUUCCUCAAAAAGAUCAUAAAUUUCAAAGCAAAAUUGUUGCCAACAUUGAGCGGUACCUCAUUAGUAUACGAGACACAUAUAGCUCUGAUCUGGAAAAUUUUGACAUUGACGAAUUAUUGGAGAACGAUAGACUUUUGGAAUCUUAUGGCAAAUGUCUUGAGUACAAAGGACCUUGCACUUCACAAGGAAGGGAAUUUCGAAAACUAAUGCCAGAAGCAAUUAGAACAAAUUGUCUUAAAUGCACCCUGAAGCAACGUGAAAUGGUCCGAAAAGCAGCUAAAGCUCUUAAUGUUAAACUGCCCAAAAUAUGGAACGAGCUAGUAAAACAAGAAGAUCCUAAAGGGGAGUUCAAGCAAAAGUUUGAAGAUUUCCUUCAAAGAUCCGAUUAAUAGUCUUUACUUUAUUGCAUUAUAAUUUUAACAGUAAACAGCUUUUUCUUCAUUAUUUUAAUAGCAAUGUUUCAUUUAAUUGUAUUAGGUAAUUAAAAAAUCAACUUUGUAACAUCACAUUUAUAAUAAAAAUAAAAUAGUUAUUGUGAACCAUAAUAAAAAAGUAAUAUUUGAUUUA